AUGAAGAAUUUGCUAUUUAUUGCCAUUUUUCUAUUAUUUCCCGUUGAAGCUCAGCGAAGAUUGGCUGAAGAAAACGGAUAUCCUGUCGUUAUUGUCAGCAUAGUUUCAGUGCCAGGAUUAGGUGGAUCACAGUUUGAAGCCAAACUUACUGGUAAACCUUCUGUAGUACAUUAUUUUUGUUUAAAGAAAACUGAUGAUUUCUUUGAUUUAUGGCUCAAUCUCGAACUUCUUCCACUUUAUGUUAUGGAUUGUUGGGCUGAUAAUAUGAGGCUUGUUUAUAACGAAUCGACAGGAAUGACAUCAAACAUGCCUGGAGUUGAAAUUCGUGUUCCUGGAUUUGGUACAACAGAAAAUAUAGAAUGGCUGGAUAAAUCAAAAGCAUCUGAGGGCAGAUAUUUUACGGAUAUCGUUGAGAUGCUUGUUGCGAUGGGUUAUAAACGUGGCAAAAAUCUUCUCGGAGCACCUUUCGAUUGGAGACGAGCGCCAAAUGAAAUGGCUGAUUUUUACUCAAAUCUCAAGACGCUCAUUGAAAAUACCUACAAAUACAACAGUAAUAGGAAGAUUGUAAUUAUAACACAUAGUAUGGGCAGUCCUGUUAUGCUGUACUUCUACAAUAAGGUCGUUGAUCAGGCUUGGAAGGAUAAAUUCAUUAAAUCACAUAUAUCGCUUGGUGGAGCUUGGGGUGGUGCUAUGCAGAUAGUAAAGUUAUUAGCCUCAGGCUACAACAUGGAUUUCUUUCGUAUAAUUUUACCGCCAAGCAGACUUCGCUCUAUGCAAAGAUCUUUCAUCAGUUCGAUUUUCUUAUUUCCUAACUCUAAUCUUUGGAAUGAAACGGAGAUGAUUGCUCGUGUCGAUAAGAAGAACUAUUCUCUGGCUAACCUGAAAGAAUUUUUCAUGGAUAUUAAUUAUUUAAAUGGUUGGAACCAAUACAAAGAAGUAGGAAAAAUGCUUGGCAACUUAGAAGCUCCUAAUAUCGAUAUUCAUUGCAUUUAUGGCUAUAAUAUAAAGACUCCUGAAAUAUUUGAGUGGUCUAAAGAUUAUUUUCCUGAUUACCAACCAAUGUCAAUCUAUGGCGAUGGUGAUGGUACAGUGAACAGACGUUCACUUGAAGCUUGUGCAAGAUGGAUUAAUAAGAACAGUGGUAAAAAUGUAAGUAAUGGAUAA